AUGGAUAAACCUCGUUGGAAAGAGUAUGAGAAUACCACAAACAUUCAACGCACACCUUAUAAUUCAUCAUUUUCGCAAGAUUUCCACCAAAGCUCUUAUAUAUUAUUACAGCAUCCACAAAAUUAUCGGAUGUUUAAAAAUGUAAAUUCUAUAAGGGUUGUACAGAAAACAAUAACGAAUAUCUCAGUAAAAGAUUUGUAUAAUGACAUAACUUCGUAUCCUCAACCCGAAAACCCAUCAUACUUUAUUGAUCAGAAAUUGUUAGACGGCUUUGGAACCCAUGUUUUUAACACUGCUAUCUCGAAAAUAUUACAUGGAAAAAACAAAUCUCUUAGAAAUGACAUAGUUUCUUUGGUAAUAUCUGACACAUAUGACACAUCUCAGGGUGUUUGUUCAAUACUCCUGGAACCUAUUUAUGCAGAAAAUGAAAUAAUCGCUACUUCUUGGACACUUUAUAGAGCGCCCGAAGGAUCCUAUAUAAUAGUUCUAGAAUAUGCUGAAUUAGGUGAUUUACGCGAAUAUUUAAAAGAGAAAUUCGCCGAAAUUACGUGGAAAGAAAAGAUUGACAUUAGUAGACAGAAAAAUAUUCUGGCUAUAUUAAGUGGUAAAAGGGAAACUCCGGUACCAGGCACACCUUGCGAGUAUAUAGAAAUCUAUCGAAGAUGCUGGGACGAGAAUCCUAACAGACGUCCGAGUGUUAAUGAUGUAUUCGAAAGACUUGGUGAGGAAAUUAUGGUUACGGGGCCCGUAUUUAAAGGAGAAGAAAAAUGCUGUGAGAAUCAUCCUCAUCGUGAAUUAACCUCCAAAUGGUUAGAAACAAAAAUCUCUGAAACUGAUUCUAUAUCUUCACCAAACUCGUCUUCAAAUGUUUCCGAAUUGCGAUUAAUCGAAUUAUUUAAAGAUAUAGAUAGAUUAUGCUCUAAUCAACCAUAUAGUAAGGUGAUAAGAACUUUUAAACAGAAUGCACCUAACCUUGCUGUUAAAUUAAUGGAAUAUAAGGAUAGCUCAGCUGAUUAA